CCAAACUGCAACACUUCCCAGGCUCUGCACCAACGAACGUGCACGUGGGAGAACCCGGGGCCCUGCUCCCGCCCCGUGCCCCUGAGAGGGGCAGCCGCGGCCACCUGAGCUCCGGGGCAGCCUUGCGGGGCCCCCUGCGCACGGCGCCUUCCCUCGCUCCCUGCCCGCGGGGCGGCGCGGUGGAGCUGGGCGCGGACUUGGCCCGCCCCCGGAGCGGCACAGCCAGCCUGUUCUGGGAGCAGCCAGUUAAGGGGACACCAUGACUGGGGAAGAUUUGCUCAAAGACACUACCAGCGUCAAGCCGGAACUGGUCUUACAGCACUGUUUUAAACAAUACAGACUCAGAGAUUUGUAUCCAAAGUUUUUCUUUAAAGUGAAACCAAGUACAUUUGGGCCACCCAAAUCCAGACGACGCAUUAUUAUCGCACCUCUGAUGGUAAGACCAGCUUCUGCUGGUUCAAAACCCAUUCAGACCACUGCCAUCGAUGAAAAGGAGGAAGCCGCUGCCUGGCAAGUGCAUGCUGAGGUAGAAAGCUGUCCCCGCACACCAGAAGAACCUUCAGAGGCAGAUGAUCUACCAAAGCUGGACGCUUGGAUAACGGAAAGGAGAAAGCUCCGGUCUCAAUUGGAUAGCCUUGUGGAUGUUGAAAAAUGGCUACGUCAAAAACUUUGCACCACCGAGCAAGAAGAUAGAGUCCUGGAAAACUUACAAGACUGCAGAGCAGUGAGGAAGGCUAAAAGGCAGUUAGCUGCGACCAGAAAUCUUGAAACCCUGCUGUCAAAGCACGACCUGCCUCCUCAAAGAAGAGUCAUCCCCCUUAUCAACGCUCCCUAUCCCCAGUCCCUCAUCACACUGCAUAACCUUCUGCACAAACAAAAGCUCAAGAUGGUGGACUUAUUCAGGAAGGCGGAUAAGGACAAGAAGCGGUUCAUGAGAUCAGACUUCAUUAAAGUUAUCAAGGGGGCCAAAGUCCCUAUCAGUGACAAUGACCUGGAAGAUGUGAUCAUCUUCCUUACUUCUUCAAAACGUGGGAAUUUUAUAACCAGUGACGAUCUGGUUGAAUGUCAAAAUAUAUGGCUGGACACAAUGAGAGAUCAGACGAAACAACCUGGGGAGGCAAAAACAGCGUGUCCCCAGCUUCACACCCGAAAAGCUCUUUCUAAAACUGUUAGUCGUCCAGCAUCUGCUGCUGGCAAAACCAAAGAGACGCAGCCACUUGCUCCUAGUAAACCUGGAGCAAAAUUAACGCUGUUAGAAGUUCCUCUUAUCCACACCAAGCCGAAUCAGAGACCUCUGAGCUAUGAGGAAAUGGAGGAGGUUGGGAAGAGAUGCAGAGAGAGGAAACGAUGGGAGAAGGCGAAGGUCAACCCAAUAGAAUGGCUGGAAUGCUGUCGGCUGGUGAGAUCUGGAAACAAGGCCAUUGAUGAACAUUGCUUGCCAUCUACAAUGGAUAGUGAAAUGGGGGAAAUAACGGAUCAGCAUCGAAGGACCUGCUACAUGGUCUAUCUGCAGUGUCUCAAAUUAUGCAAAGAAUAUAACAUUCCACUUACCGAAAAGGUCCUGGAAAAAGCCCUGCUGUACCCAGGAGACAAAAUAAUAAAAGAAGGAGCAUACGUGCGGAAGAUCAGACAGCCCGGGGGUCCCUACACAACAAUGGAUGGGAGUCACCACCAAAGACGACUGCUUUUAAGCAAACAAGAAUUAAGAAAUGCAUUAAAAGGGGAUGCCAAAAAUGGAAUGCAUGGAAAGCAGAAGGCACACAGAGGCAGCUGGAUGUCAUUUGAGGAUUAUGAACAGUUAACAAGACGUCUGCACGUGAAGUGGUCCAAUCAGAGCUACAAGUCUCACGACAAUAACUUCUGGCCAGGUCACCUUCUGGACAAGCUGCGUAUUUAUCUCCCACAGAUAGAGCCUAAUCAGGAGCAUGCCCUGUUCAGCUAUGUUUGUCCAACACCACCUGUCUAUCCUGGCAUCUACAACCCACACCGCAGCUGGCCAAUCAGUGACCAGGGAUACGUGACCUAUGGAAAUACUGAGACUCAAAAGUAUUGAUGUUGUCUGGGACAGUAAUACUAUGCAUAAUGAAAGCUUUGUGAUCCCUCAGUCACCUCCAUGGACUUAGGCCACCAUCGUAAGCAAAAUAAAGCUAUAAAAGUAUGCAUUCCCAAAGUUAUGGGGGACUUGAUAGACAAUGAAAUACAGAGCAGUUCACUUCUAGAUUGGCAAGUUUCUGUUCCUUGUGACUCUUAACACAAGACCUGGGGAUAUUCAAUGAAACUGAAAGGUGGCAAAUUCAAAACUGAUAAUAUUAGACUGUGGAACUCAUCACCACAAGACAUGUUGAGGCUAAGAAUGUAGUAAGAUUCAAAAAGGAAUGGAGCACUUAUAAAGAUAACAAGAAUAACUAGACCUAUAAUAGUUAAUGCUAAAUAAAAAUUCUGGGAGAGAUAUUAACCUCAUGCUUCAAGACA